CUAAAAACUAAAAAUUUAGUAUAUAAAAAUAUAGAUAUAUGCAGUGCCAAUCCAACAUAAGUCCUUUUUUUACUAUUAUUCAAUAUUCAAUUCAAUUUAAGUUUUUUUAUUUUUUCAUCGUAUUCUUUUCUUUACCUUUAUGUUGACAACGCUGUAUCGAACAAAUAUAAUUCAUCGUGAUAAGCAGAUCUAUUUAUUUCCGUCCCAUAGGUUUUCUUUUUUAUUUUUACUGUUGAUUCAAAUGAUGGGUUCGUUGGAUUAGCUUUGAUACCCGUAUUUUUGAUUGGAUAACAUAGAAAUAGGGGAUGUUCUAGCAUUUUUACAUUUAUUUAUUUUUUUGGUCGGGCAAAUUUUUAUUUUUUUCAUCUGAUUCUGAUUUAGUCUUUUUUAUGUUCCAAAUAGAGUAGAAAAUUUAAUAGAGUAGAAAUUUUUUUUAGAUUUUUUAUUUCGUAGAGUAAUGCUUUAAUUUAAUAAUUUUGUUUUAUUCUGAUUGUAUCUACAUACCCUUUUAUAUUUGGGUUGCUAACUCAAUGGUAGAGUACUCGGCUUUUAAGUGCGGCUAGGAUCUUUUACACAUUUAGAUGAAGCGAGGGAUUCGUCCAUACUAUCGGUAAAGUUUGGAAGACCGCGACUGAUCCUGAAAGGGAAUGAAUGGAAAAAAUAGCAUGUCGUAUCAAUUAAGAGUUCUGAGAAUAUUUUAUUCUUUCCGGCUCGGUACAAAGCCUUCUUUAUAUUAUUGAAAGGGAGCAAACCGAAGUCAAUUUCAAGUUGGGUCGAAUUAAUAAAUGGAUAGGGCCCCACGGCUUCAAUUAAUUUCAUUUUUAUUAUAGGGAAAGAAAAAGCAACGAGCUUUCAUUCUGAAUUUGAAUGAUUACCCGAUCUAAUUAGACGUUAAAAAAAUAUUAGUGCCCAAUACGGGAAGGCUUUCUCCCAGGAAAAAAUAUUCUUGAUUUUUUAAUGAAUCCUAAAUAUUACCACUCUCCAUUCUAUAAUGGAAUAAUGGAGAUUUUGUGUAUAAGAAACAGUAUAUUGAUAAAUAAAUUUCCAAAAUCAAAAGAGCGAUUGGGUUGAAAAAAGUAAAGGAUUUCUAAUCAUCUUGUCAUCCUAUAAGGAAAACGAACAUAAAAACUUAAAAUAAAAUGGAAAACGAGAUGAUAGAGAAUCUGUUGAUAAGUUUAUCUGGAUCCGAGGUAUCUAUUCGGUUUGUACUAUAAUACCUUGUUUUGACUGUAUCGCACUAUGUAUCAUUUAUAACCCCCAAAAUCCUCUACCUUUCAUUUAAAUAGAAUUUCAAAUGGAUAAAUUCCAAAGCUAUUUAGGGCUAGAUAGAUCUCAACAACACUACUUCUUAUAUCCACUUAUCUUUCAGGAGUAUAUUUAUGUACUUGCUCAUGAUCAUGGUUUAAAUAGAUCCAUUUUGUUGGAAAAUGCAGGUUAUGACAAUAAAUCCAGCUUACUUCUUGUGAAACGUUUAAUCAUUCGAAUGUAUGAACAGAAUCAUUUGAUUCUUUCUGUUAAUGACUCUAAACAGACUCCUUUUUUGGGGCAGACCCUUCUUUUUUAUUCGCAAAUAAUGUCAGAGGUUUCUUCAAUCAUUAUGGAAAUUCCAUUGUCUCUGCGAUUAAAAUCUUCCCUAGAAAGGAAAGGGGUAGUUCAAUCCGAAAAUUUACGAUCAAUUCAUUCAAUAUUUUCUUUUUUAGAGGACAACUUUUCACAUUUAAAUUAUGUAUUAGAUAUACUAAUACCUUACCCAGCCCAUCUGGAAAUAUUAGUUCAGGCUCUUCGCUAUUGGAUAAAAGAUGCUUCCUCUUUGCAUUUAUUAAGAUUCUUUCUCCAUCAGUGUCAUAAUUGGGAUAGUCUUAUUACUUCAAAUUCAAAGAAAGCCAGUUCUUCUUUUUCAAAAUCAAAAAGAAAUCAGAGAUUAUUCUUCUUCCUAUAUACUUUUCAUGUAUGUGAAUAUGAAUCCGGCUUCCUCUUUCUCCGUAACCAAUCUUCUCACUUACGAUCAACAUCUUCUGGAGCCCUUAUUGAACGAAUUUAUUUCUAUGGAAAAAGAGAGCACUUUCCCAGGGCUUUUCAAGCAAAUUUAUGGUUGUUCAAAGAUCCUUUCAUGCAUUAUGUUAGGUAUCAAGGAAAAUCCAUUCUUGCUUUAAAAGGGACGUUUCUUCUGAUGAAUAAAUGGAAAGUUUACUUUGUCAAUUUCUGGAAAUCCUUUUUUUGCCUGUGGUCUCAACCAGGAAGGAUUUAUAUAAACCAAUUAUCCAAUCAUUCGCUUGACUUUCUGGGUUAUCAUUCAAGUGUGCGGCUAAAGCUUUCAAUGGUACGUAGUCAAAUGUUAGAAAAUGCGUUUCUAAUCGAUAAUGCUAUUAAGAAGUUUGAUACUCUUGUUCCAAUUAUGCCUCUGAUUGGAUCAUUGGCUAAAUCGAAAUUUUGUAACGCAUUGGGGCAUCCUAUUGGUAAGGCGGUUUGGGCCGAUUUAUCAGAUUCUGAUAUUAUUGAGCGCUUUGGGCGUAUACACAGAAAUCUUUCUCAUUAUCAUAGUGGCUCUUCAAAAAAAAAGAGUUUGUAUCAAGUAAAGUAUAUACUUCGCCUUUCUUGCGCUAGAACUUUAGCUCGUAAGCAUAAAAGUACUGUACGUGCUUUUUUGAAAAGAUUUGGUUCGGAAUUAUUGGAAGAAUUUUUUACGGAAGAAGAACAGGUUUUUUCCUUGACCUUUCCAAGAGUUUCUUCUAUUUUGCGAAGGUUAUCUAGAAGGCGGAUUUGGUAUUUGGAUAUUAUUUGUAUCAAUGAUUUGGUCAAUCAUGAAUGAUUCGUUAUGAAACGUUGUAAAUAAAAUAAAAAUAAAUUAGAUUUUGAUAACUAAAAAAUUUAAACAAUGAAGAGCUAAAAAAAUUAUUUAUUUCUAUUCUGAAAUGUUGAUGUGGUAUGUAGUAAGCAUUAAAUCAACUGAGUAUUCAAUCUUUUUUUGCCUAAUGAAGAAACUUAGUUUUAGAUGUAUACAGAGGGAAAGCCGUGUGCAAUGAAAAAUGCAAGCACGGCUUGGGGAGGGAUUUUUACUUUUUUAAAAAGAAAAUUAUCUACUCCAU